UCGAAAUAGGAGGGAAAGCAAAUCAGCGAGCAUUAUCUCGUUUGAGAGAAGUUUCAGAGUGGGAGUCACUAAGAAUUCACUAUCGGGCAUGAAUGGCGAACCUUUCAAGCCUAGUGCACGAGCUCCGAGAACGCAUAGCGGCCUCGUCAUCCACUCCUCUAAACAACCAAAACGACGACGCUUUAGAGUCCCGAUUCCGCGCCGUCCUCCCCAACCUCCUUCACGCCUAUGUCGUCCCUUCUUCCUCCGCGAAAGAGAGAGAGGUGAUUGCUGUACUAAAACUAUUGGCACACACUGCCAAGAAUUUCCCGGGCGUUUUCUAUCACGGAAAGGCUAGCGCAGUGCUUCCUGUUAUCGGUCGCAUUUUGCCCUUUUUUGCUGAGCCCUCAUUCCGGUAUGUUAAUCUUUCACUCAUUAAUCACCUAAUUUCCUCGUCUUUCCUUUGUUGCAUUAUCAAAUUAAAAAAAAAGCGAAUGGAGGAAGGUGGGAAGAUGAUUCAACAGAGGAGUGACGAGUGUUGCUUUAUCCUAGAUGAGGGUAUAAUCAUUUUGGUUUUUCGAUUGGACCAUGCUGGGAGUACAGGGUCUCCAUUUUAUAGACAUCCUACGGAUCUGUUCUAUGUAGCUUCAAUUAGUGACAAGUCAAGCUCUUCAGAAUUUAAAAAAGUGUCAGUGAAGUGUUUCCGUGAUUCUUUUGCUGGAAUUGGAAAUGAAAAUGCUCUUCUCAGCGAUCUUCCAGCAUGUAGCAAGCCUUCAAAUGGCUAUGGAAUAUUGAUCAAUCUCUCUGGGAAGGAUAGGUGGCUACCUUUUGCUACUUCAGCCAUCAAGCUUCUCUGUAAAUGCCUAACUGAAGGAACUUUAUAUGUUGAAGGACUCCUGGAUGCUUCAUCUGCUUGGGCUGUCUGCACCCUUUUGUCCUAUGGAGAUGAUGAUCUGCAUAUGGCAUGUUUUGACUUCGCGCGCCUUAUUGGAGCAGGCAAAAACAAUGACAUUGUUCCCAUUGAAAAUUUAAUUCGGUCAAUGAUUACUAUCUUAAGCGAAGCUGUGGAGGGUGUUUCAGUAUUCAGAAGUGCCGUUUAUGAUUCUUCGUUGGGGGGAAGCCUUCAUGCCUUACAUUCUAGUUGUCCUGAUGACAUUAUGCAUGCUACAGCUCAAGAGUUAGUUCACAUCUUUCCUGAAUCACUGCUGAAAACAAGGAGCCUGGAGCUUAAGGUUGGCUUGUGCAGUGCCUAUAUGCGGAUAGUUAAAAGUUGCCCUCCACAUAUCUGGAGGCCAGAAUGUCUUAUUCAUGUGCUUUGCUCAUCCAAGCCUAUUUUUCCAUUGAUAGACUGCUUUCAGGCUGCUGUAUCCAGGCUUGGUCCUGAUCUUGUUGGAAGUGGAAUAUCUGAUGAAAAUGAUACAGGUUUAUCGACAUCAAGAGAUGAUGAAGAUGAUAGUUCAAGAAUUGGGGGGAAAAGACCAAUUAAGGACCCAGACACGACGCAUACAAAGCGACAAAAGAUAGAUGAUAAAUGUAAGGAUCCGAGCAAAUAUUGUGAAGAACUGAGCCAGUUUGCUCAUAGUUUUACUCGGCCAGGGAAACAGGAAUACACUGAUUAUAUGCGUACCUCCUUAAGUUUAUUUGUUGAACUUCUAAAACCUCCUAGAGAGAACUCCAAUCCAUUAAUGACAGAAGUCGCCUUAACAGCUCUAAGCACACUUUGUAUUGUUUUUUCUGAUAACCCUCAAUCCAAUCUUUCUUGUUGCAUAUUUCGGCAGAUGUGUGACUGGAUUUCUUGGAUGUCUGAGCAGGCAAAGCAAGAACUUCUGUUCUCUCUUGAUUUGCCCAUAUUUCUGGAAGCAGUCGACAGCUUAUUGCUCUUGCAAGGUAAUGGAAUUGUUAUUGGAUCACUUCCUGCAGAGAAUAACCCUAUGCUCUUGAAAUGUGAGGGUGAUAGUGCUGAUCUUUUGCAACCAGUGGCGAUUGUUCUGAGCUCUGGUUUUGGUUUCCUGACACAUAUGUUCAGCAGGCUGGAAAUUCUGGAAAAAGAGAAAAAUGAGCAAGUUAAGAAAGUCAUUCCCCUCUGUAUUGGUUAUUUGGCAUGCUUCUAUGGAGCCUGUAAUGGUGUAGCUGGACUGUAUGAAAGUGAAUGCAAAUUAUACUUGAAGAAGGAAAUGGAGAAUCAAAACUUUUCAGUAGAUUAUCUGUUGCGAGGAUUUUGGUGUUCAAACUGUGACCAAAGAGUCUCUCUAAAUCAUGGAUCGUAUUUAACAGUGCUACAUCUGCCUAACACCCAGAAUACAGAAUUUCUUUUGAGUUGUAAUUAUAUCCAUUUGCAGUCCCUCCUUUUCAAGCUCCUAUUUGAUGAAUCAUCUGAAGAAGUUCAAGUUGCCUGUGUAGGAAUGAUUAAGCGGAUCCUUCUGCAUGGAACUGAAGAAACUCUGCUUAAAACUAGAUCUGAAUGGGUAAGAUGCAUUGAUUUUUUACUCCUUCACAGGAAAAAGCUUGUGAGACAGGCAUUCUGUGCCCAGAUUAGUUUCUUCCUUGAAGACCGUGUUUUGAAUUGUUUAUUCUUAAAUGAGGAUGAUGUGAAUAAAUCCAAAGAACAGAGGUUCAUGGAUAAAAUAAAACAUGCUCUGAUGUCAACUGAAGAUCCCCUGGUUUUUGAGACUCUUCUGGAAGCCACAGCAGCCAUCAUGCAAGCUGUUAGUAUUUACAGUCAAUUUUAUUUGUUCUCUCUUAUUUUAUUGAUUGGUCAGCUUGAUAGUCCUCAUGUGACUGUGAGGUUAACUGCAUCAAAAUUGAUUAAAAGAUCCUGCUACAUUCAUCAUAAAGGAGGAUUUGAACCGCUCCUUGCCAAAGCUCUGCAUAUUCGAAAUGAACUUUAUGAUUAUCUGUCUCUGAGGCUUGCAAGCAGACCAAAAAUGGUUUGUUUUUGUGUGAAAAAUAUGUUACUGCUUUCAUCCAUUUUUCUCAGGUUAGCUAGGGUACCUCAGAUGAUAAAAGAAGUUGCAAAAAUUCUGACUGGUAAUGAAGAUCUUCCUGGAUUUUUAAAAAAUCAUUUUGUUGGUCUGCUUAACAGCAUUGAUAGAAAAAUGCUCCAUGCAGAGGAUCUGGCAUUGCAAAAACAGGCCAUUACACGCAUAGAGAUGCUAACUAAUUUGAUGGGUUCCCAUCUCAGCACCUAUGUGCCAAAAAUUAUGGUUCUUCUCAUGCAUGCCAUUAAUAAAGAAUGGCUUCAGGGUGAGGGUCUUGCCGUCUUGCAUUUCUUCAUAAAGCAACUUGCUUUGGUGUCACCUUCUAGUACCAAGCAUGUGAUCUCUCAAGUUUUUGCUGCUCUGAUUCCUUUCUUGGAGAGAGAGAAGGAAAAUUCUUCUUCAAAUUUGCAAAAGAUUGUUGAUAUCUUGGAAGAGCUUGUGCUGCAGAAUAAAGUUGCUUUAAAACAGCAUAUCAGUGAGUUACCUCCUGUACCCGACAUUCCUUCUCUAGCAGAAGUAAACAAAGCAAUACAAGAAGCGCGUGGAUCGAUGUCCUUGAAGGAUCAAUUACGUGAUGUUGUGGAUGGAUUGAAUCAUGAAAAUUUGAAUGUCCGAUACAUGGUUGCAUCUCAGUUGAGCAAGUUGUUGAACCUGAAAAGGGAGGAUGUCAUGGCUUUGGUCAGUAAGGAAGGGGAUGUAGUUACAGAUGUGAUGAGCUCUUUGAUUACAUCACUGCUUAAAGGGUGUGCAGAGGAAUCAAGGACCUCAGUUGGACAGCGGCUGAAAUUGAUAUGUGCUGAUUGCCUUGGAGCGCUAGGUGCUGUAGAUCCUGCCAAGGUCAAGGGAUACACAAGCAUCCGGUUUAAGAUUGCAUGUUCAGACGAUGAUUUAAUUUUUGAGCUGAUCCAUAAGCAUCUAGCCAGGGCUUUCAGAGCUGCACCUGACACCAUUAUUCAAGAUUCAGCUGCAUUGGCUAUUCAGGAGCUGCUAAAAUUUGCUGGUUGUGAAGCAUCACUUGAUGAGAAUGUUUUAGGUUCACUUUCAGUACUACAAAAUAAACCAACCUUGAAGGUGUCAAAAUCUUCCAAGAGAGCGGAUAAUGACAAUGAAAUGUACGGAAGGGGUCAGAGAUUGUGGGACCGUUUCUCUAAUUAUGUUAAAGAGAUAAUAGCACCUUGCUUGACAUCUAGAUUUCAGCUUCCAAAUGCAGAUUUGCCAUCUUCUGGUCAUAUUUAUCGCCCUUCAAUGUCUUUCAGAAGAUGGAUAUAUUUUUGGAUUAAAAAAUUGACAGUGCAUGCUACAGGACCUAGGUCAACUAUUUUUAAUGCUUGUCGAGGUAUAGUGCGCCAUGAUGUGCAAAUUGCAAUGUAUCUUCUGCCUUAUUUAGUCCUGAAUGCUGUCUGUGAUGGUACUGAGGAGACCCGCCACGGCAUAACAGAGGAGAUUCUAUCAGUUCUUGAUGCAGCAACUUCAGAUAAUAGCACUGCUACUGUUCAAGGAAUUAAUUCUGGGCAAAGUGAAGUCUGCAUUCAAGCUGUGUUUACUCUUCUUGACAAUCUAGGCCAAUGGGUGGAUGAUGUUGAGCAAGAACUUGCUCUUUCCCAAUCUCUUCAAUUGUCCAAUUCUAAGCAACAAUCAGGGAAAUUGAAGGAUCAGAGUACAAGUCUUCCAACAGGUUCGGACCUGGUGCUUGUGCAGUGUAGACAUGUCUCAGAGCUCUUGGAUGCAAUUCCUAAAAUGACCCUUGCCAAGGCAUCUUUCAGGUGUCAGGCUUAUGCCAGGUCUUUAUUGUACUUUGAGUCUUAUGUGCGGGAAAAGUCAGGAUCAUUCAAUCCAGCUUCUGAAAGGAGUGGUGUCUUCGAGGAUGAGGACAUUUCAUUUCUAAUGGAAAUAUACAGUGGUUUAGACGAGCCUGAUGGCUUAUCAGGUUUAGCAUGUUUACGAAAGUCAAAGAGCUUACAAGACCAUCUUCUAAUAAAUAAAAAAGCAGGAAAUUGGGCUGAAGUGUUGACUUUUUGUGAGCAGGCUUUGCAGAUGGAACCUACUUCUGUUCAGAGGCAUUCAGAUGUCCUUAACUGCUUGCUAAACAUGUGUCAUUUGCAGGCCAUGGUUACUCAUGUGGAUGGAUUAAUUUCCAGGAUUCCUCAAUACAAGAAAACAUGGUGCAUGCAAGGUGUUCAGGCUGCAUGGAGACUCGGCAGGUGGGACUUGAUGGAUGAGUACCUGACUGGGGCUGAUGAAGAAGGUUUACUUUGUAGCAGCUCGGAAAGCAAUGCUCUCUUUGACAUGGAUGUUGCAAAGAUUCUUCAGGCAAUAAUGAAUAAAGAUCAAUUUUCACUUGCUGAGAAAAUUGCAUUGUCUAAACAAUCUUUGAUUGCUCCUUUGGCUGCUGCUGGGAUGGAUUCCUAUGCACGCGCGUAUCCAUUUGCUCUAAAGCUUCACAUGCUUCGGGAGCUUGAGGAUUUCAACUCUCUCCUCAAUGGCAAGUCUUUCUUGGAAAGAACUUUUGAUAUCAGCGAACCGGAAUUCUCAAAGGUAUUGGAAAAUUGGGACAGUCGGCUCAAACUCAGUCCACCAUCUCUCUGGGCAAGGGAACCCCUGUUGGCCUUCCGGAGGCUUGUUUUUGGUGCCAGUGGUCUUGGUGCUCAAGUUGGGAAUUGCUGGAUACAAUAUGCGAAGCUUUGUCGUUCGGCUGGUCACUAUGAGACAUCGAAUCGGGCAAUUUUGGAAGCCGAGGCUGCAGGUGCUCCCAAUGUUUACAUCGAAAAGGCUAAGCUUCUGUGGAGCACUAGGCGAGCUGAUGGUGCUAUUGCAGAGCUGCAACAAUCCCUUCUCAACAUGCCUACAGAUGUCGUUGGCUCUGCUGCUAUUUCAUCAAUCACCAGCCUCUCAGUAGUUCCUUUGAACCCUCAACCUUUACUUUGCAAUGUCGAAUCUAUGAAUGAUAAUCAAGAUGUAGCAAAGACACUCCUCCUAUAUUCCAGGUGGAUUCAUUACACUGGGCAAAAGCAGAAGGAAGAUGUGAUAAGUCUGUAUUCCAGGGUGAAGGAGCUACAGCCCAAGUGGGAGAAAGGAUACUUCUAUAUGGCAAAAUAUUGUGAUGAAGUGCUUGUUGAUGCUAGAAAACGACAGGAAGAUAAUUCUGAGCAAUCUCCUAGAGCAACUCCAUCCAAUUUAUCUCUCGUUGCUUCCACAAAUGCGAGCGCUGAGAGAAGGUGGUGGACAUACCUUCCUGAUGUGCUUUUAUUUUAUGCGAAGGGGCUUCACAGGGGCCACAAGAACCUAUUUCAGGCUCUACCAAGGUUGUUAACAUUGUGGUUUGAAUUUGGGAGCAUUUAUCACAGAAGUGGUCAAUCAUCGAAUAAAGAUAUGAAGAAUAUCCAUGGGAAGGUCAUGAGCAUAAUGAGAGGGUGUCUAAAGGAUUUGCCAACUUACCAGUGGUUAACUGUUUUACCUCAAUUGGUUUCAAGAAUUUGCCACCAAAAUGAAGAAACUGUCCGUUUGGUGAAACAUAUCAUUACUUCUAUUCUCCGGCGAUAUCCACAACAAGCCCUUUGGACCAUGGCAGCAGUUACAAAAUCCACAGUUCCGUCAAGGAGGGAGGCUGCUGCAGAGAUUAUACAAGCUGCAAAAAGAGGAUCCUCUCAGGGAGGUUCCAAUUCCAUGUUUGUACAGUUUGCUACUCUAGUUGAUCAUCUAAUACGGUUGUGCUUCCAUCCAGGCCAAUCAAAGACAAGAACAAUCAAUAUAUCAACUGAAUUUAGUGCCUUGAAGAGGAUGAUUCCCGUGGAAAUCAUUAUGCCAACCCAGAAAUCCCUUACAGUUAAUCUACCUUCAUACGAUAUGAAUAUUACUGAUUCUGGAACAUCUGAUAUCUUCUCGUACACAGAUCUGCCUACAAUAUCUGGAAUAGUGGAAGAGGCUGAGAUCCUUUCCUCUCUUCAACGUCCAAAGAAAGUAAUUCUCUUGGGUAGUGAUGGACUUGAGUAUCCAUUUCUCUGCAAGCCAAAGGAUGACCUUAGGAAAGAUGCCCGCAUGAUGGAAUUCAAUGCGAUGAUAAAUCGUUUACUAUCCAAAAGCACUGAAAGUCGUAGGAGGAAGCUUUACAUUCGUACUUUUGCAGUGAUUCCACUGACGGAAGAUUGUGGCAUGGUUGAGUGGGUGCCUCACACUCGUGGCCUCCGACAUAUACUCCAGGACAUUUAUAUAAGCUGUGGAAAGUUUGAUCGUCAGAAAACAAACCCUCAAAUUAAGCGUAUUUAUGACCAAUGCCAAGGCAAAAUGCCAGAAGAUGAAAUGCUGAAAACCAAAAUUUUACCAAUGUUCCCUCCAGCAUUCAAUAGAUGGUUUUUGAACACAUUUUCUGAACCAGCUGCUUGGUUCAGGGCUCGGGUUGCCUAUGCACAUACUACUGCAGUUUGGUCCAUGGUUGGGCACAUAGUGGGCCUUGGAGAUCGACAUGGUGAAAACAUCCUUUUUGAUUCUACCACAGGUGACUGUGUUCAUGUUGAUUUCAGUUGUUUGUUUGAUAAAGGCCUGCAGUUGGAGAAGCCAGAACUGGUGCCUUUCAGGCUGACGCAGAACAUGAUUGAUGGGCUUGGCAUUACUGGAUACGAGGGAAUUUUUCUUAGGGUCUGCGAGAUCACACUUUCGAUUCUGAGGUUGCACAAGGAAACACUCAUGAGUGUUCUUGAGACUUUUAUUCACGAUCCUCUAGUCGAAUGGACAAAAUCUCACAAGUCCAGUGGGGUAGAGGUUCAAAAUCCCCAUGCACAGCGAGCCAUCAGUAAUAUCGAAGCACGUUUACAAGGAGUUGUUGUUGGUGUUGGAGCAGCUCCAUCGUUGCCUCUUGCUGUAGAGGGGCAAGCCCGUCGUCUGAUUGCCGAAGCAAUUUCACACAAAAAUCUCGGAAAGAUGUAUAUAUGGUGGAUGCCUUGGUUUUAAGAGUUACAAGUAGAGUGAUUGCCAUUAAUUUAUCGCUACGGUGAGGUUACUUCCUGGAUAUGCUGGCUGGCAGUAGGUAACUUCAUCGUGCAUAUUGUUUUCAACUCAUUGAGAGGUUUCAAGAUGACAGAUUUGCCUUGAAUAAUUUCUUCUUUUACUAAAAUGGAGAACGUUUCAAUAGCACUGGUUUUGAUUCUUGUCACCACCCACAAGAGCAACUGACACAAAGCAUGCUUGGUAUGGAUAGUCAAGACAAUAUUAGAGCACCGAAGUAGCUAAAUCUUGGUUAUUAUAUUGUCUAGUACUACCAAAAUUGCAUUAAGAACACCAUAGCUUCAGGUUCUGGCUUUCUGUGUAGAUGGGAAAACAAGAUAUUUUGUCAACACAUUGCAACAUUCUCUGAGGUAUCAGCUUUUGCAGAAUCAUCUGGUGAAUCAUACUCAUUUGGAGGGGAUUCACCUUUCACAACAUUGCGCUUUCCAGCGACACACCAACAGAACUUCAGCCAGAGCCACCUGAUUUCCAGCAAUAAAUCUCAGUUGCAUCUCACCAAACCAAUUAGUGUGCACUACUUAAAUGCUUUCCGUGCAAAUCCAACUUCAACCCUGAACAUUCCAUGGACUGAUCAGAACGGAUGACUUCACCAAUUUCAUAACCAAAUUAGCUUUAUCUUUAUUCAAAUUAUCCACUAACUGGGAAGAUUUUUCAAGUCUUGCCCCAUUGAGGUAAUUUCUGGGCACGAAUUUGAGUCAGAAUUGUAAGUUCUAAUUGACAGCAAAAUUCCUGAGCCUGAUUUUUUUUAAGCCAAGAAACCAUGCCCAAAAUGAAACUACCAUAUUACAACAAACUAAUCCAAUUCAAACCCUUCUUUUUCCAUUUGAACUGUGCUUCUUUACAUGUCUUCAAAAGAUCCCAAUCUCCCAUACCCGUAAAUUACCUAAUCUCAAAAAGAUGUAGUUUCAGUCCCAUGUCUCUCAUUUCUUCUAUCCAAUUCUCAGAUUCAUUAGGUUACCUGAUUCCACAAAACCACCAACUAUUGAUUCGUAUCCUUUACGCUUCACAGACAGAUGAUGACUGCAAAAUGAGCUGCUUUAAUUCUUUGCAAGAAACCACAACCUCUUUCUCUGAUUCAUGCUGGCGUGUGAAACUUUUCUGCCUAUAUAACAAAGCAAUCAAGACUUUUGUGUUCCAACUGAACCUGAUUAUAAAGUACAACUGCAAGCAUAUGUAAAAUGAAACAGUAUAUGCAUAAAUCAUCAAUGUAAAAGAAAAAAUGGGAAGAAAGUCUGUUCAUUUAUCAAUGAAAUUUUCAUUUGUAGACGAUACCAAAAGUAUGGAAUCUUCAGCAAAAGCAUUUGAAUUA